AUGGGUCGCGACAGCUCGUAUCAGUGGUUAAGGGAUAUAGAGAAGAUCUUCAAUGCCAAGAGGUGUCCAGAUGAGAAUAGAUUAGCGUACGCAGAAUAUUUGUUGACGGGAGAAGCGAGUCAUUGGUGGACGAGCGCGAGAGCCAUUCUAGCGGACGCGCAACAGCCGAUCACUUGGGAAGUGUUUAGAACUAAGUUUUAUGAAGAAUACUUCCCGGACAGCGUUCGGUUUGCGAAGGAGGUGGAAUUUCUACAACUGGUUCAAGGGGGUAUGUCUGUUUCCGAAUACACCAAUAAGUUCAAGCACCUCGUCAGAUUCAAUACUAUGGCCACGAGUGAAGUGUGGCAGUGUAGAAAAUUUGAGAACGGAUUGCGGAGUGACCUGAAAGUACUGAUUUCCAGUUUGUGUAUCCGAACGUUCCCUGCUAUGGUUGAGAGAGCCAAAGUAUUGGAGAGGAACAUGGCAGAAGUGGAACGGCAAAAGAAGCAGCAGCAAGCGAGUAGGGGACCGAUAGUGUCCAGGGGAGGUACUGUCCAGAGGAGACCUCCUUACGCUCAUCCAAACCAGUCUUCUCAAACGAACGGAUCUCAAGCAGUGGUUCCUGUCGGACAGUCUGGACAGGGAAGUGUGGUUUGCUACCAGUGUGGAGGGCCACAUUAUAGGUCUUCAUGCCCUCAGUUGGUGGGAGUAAAGCACUGUAAUCGUUGUGGAAGAAACGGGCACUCGGAUCAUGAGUGCAAUAUGAGUGGGCGUGCGGUGAUGAGGCCACCCAAUGCUGGAAGAAAUCAGCCAAGAGGAGGACGAGCCCAAGCAAGCGGGCGAGUGUAUGCUAUAACGAGCGCUGAGGCAGCGAGCUCAGAGGAUCAGGAAUCCAAGGGAAUGGUAGAAGAACGAUCGUCCACCAGAAGCGGUACUGGACGAUCGGUUGUGGAUGAGUUCGCGGACGUUUUUCCGGAAGAGAUUCCUGGACUUCCCCCUCAGCGUGAAGUGGAGUUCACCAUUGAUUUGGUGACGACAGCGACUCCUAUCUCGGUUCAGCCAUAUCGAAUGUCGCCUGCGGAGGUUAAGGAAGACGACAUCCAGAAGACGGCAUUCAGGUCUCGUUAUGGGCAUUAUGAGUAUGUGGUGAUGCCUUUUGGAGUAACGAACGCUCCAGCAGUGUUCAUUGAGUAUAUGAACCGCAUAUUCAGGCCCUAUUUGGAUAAGUUUGUGGUCGUCUUCAUAGAUGAUAUUCUCAUCUAUUCCAAGACCGAAGGCGAGCAUGAAGAGCAUCUUAGACUUGUACUUGGAGUGUUGCGGGAGAAGGAGUUAUAUGCCAAGUUGUCUAAGUGCGAAUUCUAG